AUGAUGAGAGAAAUCAUUGACUCUUGCAUUGCUUUGAGAAGCGCUGGCGAUAUCUCUGUUCCUCUUUCAAGCUUGUCAUUAUCUAUGAAGGUGUUGAUCCCCUUCCUAUCCAAACUGCUAUGCAAAUGGUGGAGUUGGAAGUGGUGGUGGUGGUGGUGGAGCUGGCAACAUGGUGGUGGUGGUGGUGGUUGUGUUGGUGGUGGCGGUGGAGGUGAAGGUGGAGGAGGUGGUGGUGGUGGUGGUGGCGGAGGUGAAGGUGGAGGUGGUGGUGGCGGUGGCAAUGGUUAUGGGGGUAGUGAAUGUGGUGGUGCAAGUGGUGGAGUUGGAUGUGGAAGUGGAGGUGGUGUUAUUUUUUAA